AUUGUCCGGAACUUGUUGUGCAGCGGAAGUAGGGGCCAGACGAGCAUAGAUAGACGCUGCACAACGGGACGGUCGUCUUGUUGUUAUACAGCCAUGCCUUAAUGUUGUUGAGUGAAAUGCUCUAAAACUAAGAGGUCAUUUCUACGUAAGAGGUAGAAAGACAGAUCAGUGGAAAUAAUCACUGGAUCAAUAAUGGUAACUCGAUCAAUGCCCACCGCAGAGAGUCAGGCGGUCGGGCGAAUUAGUUGUUUGGAACACCUCCCCAUGGGGUCAAACCCAGCAGAGAGUAGGAGGCAGACCGUCUGGGAAAGGGAAUGCAUCAAGGUGUAAACAAUUAACAAGUCACGUCGCUCCUGCUUUUGUCACAAUGUUGACGUUUUCAUCCACUCAGAUAUGGAGAACAGCCCGUAUUUUAAACAAAAGACUAAAGUCUUCAGCCCUGAGUCUGGCCGGUAGGUCUAUCUCCAGAGGGGCUGCUCCAGGCUCAAUGUGUGACGCUGAGACCAUCUUUGCGUUGUCGUCAGGCCACGGCCGGUGCGGGGUGGCCGUGGUGAGGGUGAGUGGCCCUGCCUCCUCCACAGCCCUGAGGAGCAUGGCGGGACUGACCAGCGCAAUGCCUCCUCCCCGCCGGGCACUGCUGCGCACUAUCACAGACCCGCGCUCCACAGAGGUGCUGGACCGCGGACUGAUUCUCUGGUUUCCAGGGCCGCAGAGUUUCACCGGAGAGGACAGUGCAGAGUUCCACAUCCAUGGCGGUCCUGCUGUUACCUCUGCUGUCCUGCAGGCCCUUGGAAGCCUGGCUGGCUUGAGGCCAGCGGAGGCGGGGGAGUUCACACGACGGGCCUUCCACGCAGGAAAGCUUGACCUAACGGAGGUGGAGGGCCUCGGGGACCUGAUCCACGCGGAGACAGAGGCCCAGAGGAGGCAGGCUGUCAGGCAGAUGUCUGGGGAGCUGGGGCGCCUCUACCAGGACUGGGGCUCCCGACUCAAGCGGUGCCUGGCCCACAUCGAGGCCUUCAUCGACUUCAGCGAGGAUGAGCUCAUCGAAGACGGCGUCAUAAGUCAAGUGGACGGGUGGGUGUGCGCCCUGCAGGGGGAGCUGGAGGGUCAUCUGAAGGACGAGCGGCGAGGCGAGAUGCUCCGCAGCGGCGUCCAGGUGGUCAUCGCCGGAGCCACCAACGCCGGGAAGAGCAGCCUGCUCAACGCACUCUGCCGGAGGCCGGCAGCCAUCGUGUCCCCGGUGGCCGGGACCACCAGGGACGUGGUGGAGACGGCGCUGGACAUCGGGGGCUUCCCCGUUCUGCUGAGUGACACGGCGGGCCUGAGGGACAGCCCCGACCCCGUGGAACAGGAGGGCGUCCGCAGGGCGAGGGAACGGGUGCAGCAGGCGGACCUGGCCCUGGUGGUGGUGGACUGCACCCUGCUGCCCCCAGACCCCCAGCAGGCCCCUGCCUUCCUCCAGGGGUACAUCCACAGUGUGCUCCCCCCCCGGGAGGAGCCUGACCCAGUGAGGUGUGUGCUGGUGCUGAACAAGGCGGACCUGCUCUCCGAGCAGCGCAGGGGGCAGCUGGAGCGGGCCCUGCCCCCCCAAGGCACCGCCCUGCCCCCCCAAGGCACCGCCCUGCCCCCCCAAGGCACCGCCCUGCCCCCCCAAGGCACCGCCCUGCACCCCCAAGGCACCGCCCUGCCCCCCCAAGGCACCGCCCUGCCCCCCCAAGGCACCGCCCUGCCCCCCCAAGGCACCGCCCUGCCCCCCUGGUGCCUGGCGUCCUGCCACUCCGCCGCCGGGCUGCAAGCUCUGCUGGAGGAGCUGCAGGCCGGGCUGAAGGCUCUGUGUGGGGACCCCCUGGCCGCCGUGCCCCCCAGCCUGACACAGGCACGGCACCGGGCCCACCUGACGCAGUGCGUGGCAGCGCUGCAGCAGUACCAGCGCCUCCGGGACCGGGACCUGGCGCUGGCGGCGGACGGCGUGCGGCUGGCCCUCAGCAGCCUGGGCCGCAUCACGGGCCGGGUCGGCGCCGACGAGAUCCUGGACAUCGUCUUCAGAGACUUCUGCAUCGGGAAGUAGAGGCCAGGAAGUAGAGCGAGGGCAGGAAGUAGAGCCAUCAGGAGCAGGAAGUAGAGCCACCAGGGCCAGGAAGUAGAGCCACCAGGGCCAGGAAGUAGAGCCACCAGGGCCAGGAAGUAGAGCCACCAGGGGCAGGAAGUAGAGCCACCAGGGGCAGGAAGUAGAGCCACCAGGGGCAGGAAGUAGAGCCACCAGGGGCAGGAAGUAGAGCCACCGCCAGGGGCAGGAGGUAGAGCCACCGCCAGGGGCAGGAGGUAGAGCCACCGCCAGGGGCAGGAGGUAGAGCCAGCAGGGGCAGGAGGUAGAGCCACCACCAGGGGCAGCUCUCAGACACUCCACCACUCAAAGAAAAGACAGUUCUUGGACUAAUAUGAAGUCUUUGGAAUAAGGUAUUGCUGUGAUUUCGAAUGAUUGAUUGGGGCCCUGCUUAUAGCCCCCCUGGGGCCCUGCUUAUAGCCCCCUGGGGCCCUGCUUUUAGCCCCCCUGGGGCCCUGCUUACAGCCCCCCUGGGGCCCUGCUUAUAGCCCCCUGGGGCCCUGCUUUUAGCCCCCCUGGGGCCCUGCUCGGGGCCCUGCUUAUAGCCCCCCUGGGGCCCUGCUUACAGCCCCCCUGGGGCCCUGCUUAUAGCCCCCUGGGGCCCUGCUUAUAGCCCCCCUCGGGGCCCUGCUUAUAGCCUCCUGGGGCCCCCAGAUCCAGAUGGCCAUACCUCGCCACAGGCUGUAUUAUCCAUUUAGUCUCGGUACUUUUUGUUUCAGUGUCUAAAUAUCCUUCGGGAAGAAUACAUUCAAUUGUAAAAUGAGUUAAGCAUACAGCCAGCCAGUAUUCAGUUGGAAACAGGGUUGUUAAUUUUUGCUGUGAGGAUGAAGCCAUAAAGGUCAUGCUGACCCACAUCACGCUUUGCUCUGUGGGAUGCAGACGUUUUUUGUAUUUACUUUGGAGGUAAACCUCGCUGUCUUUUGUUCUCCUGUCAAUUUGUCCUCGAUGGAAUAUUUAUGUUUCCUCCCUGAACCGCUCACCACCCCCCCCCCCCCCCCCCCCCUUCCAACGCCUUCUGCUGCUCGACCAGCCGUCAUCUCUGACGACAUCAUCUCUGGCACACACACUAACUCACACAGAAUCCAUUUGAAAUAUGAAUUGUUUUGUAUUGACUUCUUCUGCUGUCUGUUAAUCUCUUACACUCGGUGACUCUUGCUCACUUGCGUCACGGUCUCGGCGUUGACUCGUAACAUGCUGGCGUUAAAUGACGAGCCAUAACGAGAUGAGGAGGGCUGUUCCAUAAAUCAGAGACACUAAAAGGGGCCAACAGCACAGCUUUGAAGUAACGCUUUAAAAUCCCUUGGAGACCAUUUCUAUGUUUCAGCAGAGGAAAUAUUUCAGUUUAUAGGUCCUGAAAUAUCAGGAUGAUGAAAGCUUUACAUCAUUCCGCUCAUGACUCAAAUGAGAUGGCAAAAUUGUAUGUGUGUAAAAUAUAGAUAUAUAUGUUAAGACAUUUGCCAAAAGUUGAAUGCGUUUGUAAUGAAGAAAGUGUGAGUUGGCUGACGGUUGUAAAACCCCCAGCCCUGGUUGAUGGCCGUACUUAUUGAACAUGAACCUUAUGGAGAAACCAACAUGUUAUUUUCGAAUCGGGAAACAGACAUGUUGUGGACAAUGCCAAGUACAAGUUGUUUGUGCAUCUUGUGCCUAUAUGCAGAUACACACUGGAAACACGCUCCCAUGUCGACACAAAGGAUUUCCUGAUAACACUUCACCUGCUGCCAGACCCCUCAGCAGAGCGCUCACCGAGGGCUGCUUGUUUGCGCGUUCAUCUUAAUUUAGAUCCUUUGCUUACGCAGAGGCCAAGUGCCUCUUAAAUCUUCCUGACAGAGAGCCGGCCGUAGUGAGGGCCAUGACUUUAUGUAAACCUCUUGAAGCUUCAAAAGUGAUCAGAUGGAAACAGAUGGAACCAAACACUUUAAUGCUCAGACCACAGUCUAUAUCAACAUGCAUAAUGCCAGUGGAAGAGGACGAUCAACCAAUCAGGAUAUGACUGAGUUCACGUGCAGAAUGAAGUGGCGUUUCAGUGUUUCCCAGUGGUAUUUAAUGGUUUGUUAAAAGAUGUUUAUCGAUUUGAUGAGUUUGAUGCCGUGGAUUGGAUAAGUGUACAGAUUUAGAGGACAGACAAGCAUUAAAGGUUGACGGUUUGUGUUAUUGCUGGACCAAGGCUGUCCAGUUGUGCUUUGGCCAGUCUUUGUGGUGUUAAUUUAAAGAAAGAAGCAGGGUUUUGGUUAUUGGUUUUAUUUAUUAAAGGCUGUGGAAAAAAAAUCUGCUAUUUAUUUCUUCAUAUAACAAUCUUAAAUUAGUAAUAACCUUGAUGCAAAGUCAAAUAUGUGAAUACAAAAACAUUGACACUUUUUCCGCUGAUGAUUACAAGGAAAGGAAUAAACAAAUUGUACAUCAAGGACAAUUGCAACCGCAAUACCAUCAAAUAAGGGUUUAGUCAGGCAUAUAUUAUAUGUAAUAAUUAUACGUUAAUGUGAUAAGCUGUAGAUGAUAAAUAGCUAGUGUAUACAUCCUUUCAUGAUUCAAGUGUUUUGUGUCAUAAAUAAACAUGUUUGGUAAUUUA